UUUACUAAUGACACAAGUAUAUUGAAGACAAACAACAAUGGAGGCUUGUAAUGCUGUCGAACGUGAAGUUGACAAAGUUUUAUUAAAAUUUGGUGCUAUCAACGAACAUGCGGAUACAGUUUUACGAGAUUUAAUAAAUCACAGUGAGUCGUUAAAAAAAGAAUUAGAAGAAGCACCACCUGAUCAUGAAUUAACACCAGGUCAAGUGCAAGUGUUAAAACAGGCAAUGUCAAAGGUUCGUGAUAUUGUACAACGUUUGGCUACCGAUCACCGAGACUUACACAGUACAGUAUCAAAAGUGGGAAAAGCUAUUGAUAGAAAUUUUAUUGCUGAUUUUGCAAGUACGAGUAGAGAAGAUGUAUUUUCUGGUCCAGAAAAAUCUCACCUUCUUAAUCAAGUUAUCUGCCAACAUUUCUACCGUCAAGGAAUGCUGGAUAUCGCAGAUGAAUUAGCAACAGAAGCAGGAAUUAAAACCGAUGAAGGUAGGAAAGAACCGUUCACAGAAUUGAAUUAUAUACUUGAUUGCUUGAAGCAAAGAAAUUUAGAACCUGCACUUGAAUGGGCUAAAAAGCACAGAGAAGCCCUAUUAGCGCAAAAUUCAUCUUUAGAAUUUAAGUUACAUAGAUUACAUUUCAUAAGACUUGUACAACAAGGACCUACAAAACAAACCGAAGCAAUAAUGUAUGCACGUCAAAAUCUUACACAAUUUGUUGGACGUCAUGAAAAAGAAGUACAGGCUUUAAUGGGAACAUUACUUUAUUUACCUAACGGAAUAGAAUCAUCUCCGUAUAGCCAUUUAUUAGAUCCUACAUUAUGGCUCGACAUUCAUGAUGUUUUUACUAAAGAAGCAUGUACAUUAUUAGGCCUAAGCGUUGACAGUCCGCUCUCUGUUUGUAUCAAUGCUGGAUGUACCGCACUUCCUGCUCUUCUUAAUAUUAAACAGGUCAUGCAACAAAGACAAGUAACUGGUAUAUGGAGUGGUAAAGAUGAACUUCCGAUCGAAAUAGAUUUGGGUAAACAGAGUCGUUAUCAUUCUGUUUUUGCAUGUCCGAUUCUUCGGCAACAAAGUACAGAAAAUAAUCCACCGAUGAAAUUAGUUUGUGGUCAUGUAAUAUCAAGGGAUGCAUUAAAUAAGCUCACCAAUGCGAACAAGUAUGUUAGCAUAACGAGAAGAUUGAAAUGCCCGUACUGUCCUGUGGAACAAAAUCCAGAAGAUGCUAGACUUAUAUACUUCUAGAUAACUGUGAUAUAAAUAUAGAGAAGAAUUUAUUGUUAAAUUAUAUACAUAUAUAUAUUUAGUUUUGCAAUUUUUUCUUGUCUGAUAAUUAGGUUCCAAUGAUAGGACAAAAUAUUACAUUUGUGAGAAGAUGCAGAAGCAGCAGUAACAGCAGCAUAUUUAAUAUUUUUAUUAUUAUUUUAAGGAAAUUCUCAUGCUUAUGAUGCUUAAAAUCAUUUACUUUUUUUCUAUAUAUUAAAAGAAGAUUUAUGCUAAUGUAAUUAAUUACUAUUAACACUUAAUUAUUUCUCAUAUGUAAAAGACUGAUUUUCAAGCAGUAGUGUAUAAUAAUUAACAUAGUUUUUUUCUUUUAUUUGCAAUUAUCUAUUAAAAAUGUUGCUCUCUU